AUGGCCUCCGCAUUGUGGAACUACCUGGGUCUCCGCGAGACCCCCACUGCCCCUACCAAUGAGGCCGUGCGAGCCCUGCCAGCUUCGUGGUACACCUCGCAGGAGAUGUUCGAGCUGGAGCGACGCGCCAUCUUCUCCCGCAAAUGGCUGCUGACCACUCACAAGCUGCGUCUCCCCAACACUGGAGACUGGCUGCAGUACGAGGUGUCCGGCUUCAACUUUGUCCUGGUGCGCGACAAGGAGGGCAACAUCAACGCCUUCCACAACGUCUGCCGCCACCGCGCUUUCCCCUUGGUGACCGAGGAGAAGGGAUCCGCCCGCAUCUUCGCCUGCAAGUACCAUGGCUGGUCCUACGGCCUCAAUGGCAAGCUGGCCAAGGCCCCCGGCUACCAGGACCUCGACGGCUUCGACAAGAGCAAGAACAGCCUCCUCCCCAUCCACGUGCACCUCGACGCCAACGGCUUCAUCUGGGUCAACCUGGAUGCCGGUGAACAGCCCGAGAUCUCGUGGGACGAUGACUUCAAGGGCAUCGAUCUGCAGUCCCGCUUUGCCGAUGUCAAGUGGGAGGACUACACCUUUGACCACACCUGGGAGCAGGAGGGCGACUACAACUGGAAGAUCCUGGCCGACAACUACAACGAAUGCUACCACUGCGCGACUACGCACCCCGACAUCCCCGCCCUGGCCGACUUGGCCACCUAUUCGGUCGACACCAAGGAUGGCGGCAUCAUCCACGACGCCCACUCCAAGCCCGACCAGAUCGCGGCAGGGCUCCGCAUUGCUAGCACAUACUACUUCCCCAAUGCCUCCAUGACCGUCUCACCACACUUUUUCUUCAUGCAGCGCUUCGUCCCGCUCUCCCCCACCCGGUCGGUGAUGAAGUACGAGGUGUACCGCAACAAGAACUCGAGCGACGAGGACUUUGAGCUGAUCAACACCAUGUACAAGCGCAUCAUGUCCGAGGACAAGUACCUCUGCGAUCUGACCCAGAAGAACCUGAAUGCCGGAGUGUUUGUGAACGGCGAGCUGCACCCGAAGAUGGAGAAGGGCCCCUUGUAUUUCCAGAAGGUGGUGCGCGACGUGGUGACGGAGCACUUCCAGCGCGAGGAGAAGGAGGGACAGGAGUACUGGCCCGCCCGUCAGCGGGUGCCCAAGGAGGCGGCGACGAGUGCGCAGGACAUGCAGUUCUGCGCCAACCUGGGGUGUGGGGCGGGUAAGGAAUGCUGCUCGAAUAUCGGAGCGCAGCCACCGGCGGCAGUCGCCUGGUGA